UUCUAAUUUAGUUUUCGCAGAAGCACAUUUCUUUAUUGCGAGGGAAAUACGUGCCUACAGUUCUAUAGCGAAAUGUCUCACAGUGUCUAGUGCAAAAAAUAAAAUUGAAAGAGAAUUGGUGCGACAUUUAACUCGAGAAUAAAAAAAAAAACGGCUUUGCUGUGACAGUAAGGUCAUUCAAUAUAAUUAAUGUUUGAAAUAUCCAAAUUACUCGUUGUUAACGCGGAUACAACAUUAACCUGAGGCAGUUCGUCUUCGUACAGUCUUAGUUCUGCACCAGGAAAUCAGACGUUGUAAAUAAUGCCGGGAAUGAAAAGGUCACAAGGCUCGUUGCGAUGCGCUGGAAUAUUUGCUCUGAUUGGUUGUGCUUUGAACGCUUACGCAGCACCCGUUGUAUUCGAAAAUGAAGCAGAACCGAACCACACGAUGCCAUUGAAGUCUUCUAUUUUUCCAAUCUUCAUCGACAAAGUUCGAACAUCCAUAGGGAGAUCGAAGAGAUAUACUCUUCAAGGGACCAAAUGGAUGCACAAAAAUUUAACAUACAGAAUAAACAAUUACCCCGAAAAUCUGAAUAAAACGGAUGUUGAUAAUGAAAUCGCCAGGGCAUUUGCUGUGUGGUCAAAUUAUACAGACCUGAAAUUUGCAAUAGGAAGUGGAAAGGUCGACAUCGACAUCAGCUUCCACCGCGGAGAUCACGGAUCCAACUGCGAACCGUUCAGAGGAACGUCGCAAAUGACGGCGCACGCUUUUUACCCGGGGACUCGAUUCACUGGGGAUGCCCAUUUCGACCUGUCUCGAAAUUGGACUAUCAGAAACAACUCCGGUAUCGAUCUCUUUCAGACAGCAGUGCAUGAGUUCGGUCAUUCCCUCGGUCUUGAUCACAGCAACUUUCAGACCGCUGCCAUGUGGCCGAUCAUCAGGAGUUACUCUCCUAAUUACCAGUUGGACAAUGAUGACAUUACUGGGAUACAAAAAAUCUACGGAACAAAAACUGAAGGUACAAAAAAUAGCACGAAGGAUCAGGACGCUUCACAUAGAGAAGGAAUCCUUUUUUCAGUUACUACAGAGUCUCCACCACCAGCAUCGAAUAAAACAAUGUCUGAAACCAAUAAAAUUCAUGUGAUAAACAAACAUUUGCUGUUAUUACGAUGACCAAUCGCAAGGCGGCAAUAACCUGUCGUGAAAAAAUCCCGUCGACCUUUUCUCCUUGAUCUGAUCCACAGGUGUGGCUGGAAGUAUCGUUGCGAGAUAUAUCAAAUUUUAGUUACAUUAAUUUUGUAUAAAAACUACGUAUUUGUGAGAUUGAUACUUGAUUUUCAUACCGAUUAAAAAAAACGAAAUAUCGCAAUAUCUUACACGGAGUGUUUUUUAAAGUAUCAAUCCGAUUAACUUAUCUCCCUAACGACUCGCCUCAUUUUUGCGCAAAUAAGACUGCCAGUUAGUAUCAUGUUUCUUAAGUCUGAACGGAAAAGCAACAAGCAUUGAUAUCACGCAUAAUUUCCAAGUAAUGAUCAUUUCAACUUACUGAUGUGUCGUUGUAUUUCAGAGAAAUAUGAUAUAAAGUAUUUUUCAUAUGAUGCUUUCGCGAAUAAAUAGGUAUCAUCUGUUAUUGGGUGAGUAAACAAAAUUAAAAAAAAAAAAUGAAAAUAUUUAUAUUAGUAUUGAAAAAAA